UCUCUUGCUGGUCUCCGUCUCCUCCGUCUUCGUCUUGCUGUCCUCCCCCCGCCCGAAGCUCCCCACCAUCCCCAACCACGGCGAAUUCGCCCCGGAGAAGCCCCCGUUUUUGUACCCGUCUCUCCGGAUCCACGCCGCCGUCUGUAAAUCCAAUCCGCCGGGCCGGCAGCUUCGGUUUUCUUUCCGUUUCAUUCGAUUCUUUCCAUUCUUCCGCUUGCGCCGUGCGUUCGUCCGAUUCGAGCUAGCCGGCGCCCGGAUUUAUCGGCGGCGUGUCUGGAUCUGGCGUGCUAGCGGACCGGCCGCCCCGAAUCCCGGCUCGAUUCGCUCAGGCCCGGCGGCGGCGGCGGAUCUCGGCGGAUUAGGCCGGUGGUUCCUCGGGGGAAUCCGGAGAGAUGGAUCACAUCGUCGGCGGCAAGUUCAAGCUCGGCAAGAAGAUCGGGAGCGGAUCCUUCGGGGAGCUCUUCCUCGCCGUGAAUGCGCAGACCGGAGAGGAGGUCGCCGUCAAAUUGGAAAACGUCAAGACGAAGCACCCGCAGCUCCAUUAUGAGUCCAAGCUCUACAUGCUGCUCCAAGGAGGAACUGGCAUUCCGCACUUGAAGUGGUUUGGCGUGGAGGGGGAGUAUAAUGUGAUGGUGAUUGACCUUCUCGGACCUAGCCUCGAGGACCUGUUCAACUACUGCAGUAGAAAGUUCUCGUUGAAGACCGUGCUGAUGCUCGCUGAUCAGAUGAUUAAUCGAGUCGAGUACAUGCAUCAAAAGGGGUUUCUUCACCGUGAUAUCAAGCCUGAUAAUUUCCUUAUGGGGCUUGGUAGGAAAGCCAAUCAGGUAUAUAUAAUAGAUUAUGGACUUGCAAAGAAAUUUAGGGACCUUCAGACUCACAAGCACAUCCCCUACAGGGAGAACAAGAAUCUCACCGGAACUGCACGCUAUGCUAGUGUUAAUACCCACCUUGGUGUUGAGCAAAGCAGGAGAGAUGAUUUAGAAUCUCUUGGUUAUGUCCUUAUGUACUUCCUCAGAGGCAGCCUACCAUGGCAGGGGCUGAAAGCGGGCACUAAGAAGCAGAAAUAUGACAAAAUUAGCGAGAAAAAGAUGCUUACCCCAGUGGAGGUACUCUGCAAGUCAUACCCAUCAGAAUUUAUUUCUUACUUUCACUACUGUCGAUCAUUGCGGUUUGAAGACAAGCCAGACUAUUCAUACCUGAAGAGACUAUUCCGUGAUCUCUUCAUCCGAGAAGGAUACCAAUUUGAUUAUGUAUUUGACUGGACCAUUUUGAAAUAUCCCCAGAUUGGCUCCAAUCCACGGAUGAGGGUGGUUCAGGCAACUGAAAGGACUAGUGGAGCUACUGCUGGACCUUCUAUUGAGAAGAUAGAGAAGCCCCCAGCCGAAGCAUCUGCUCGAAGGAAUCCUAGUGCUUCUCUGAAUCAGAGCGGUGACAACUAUGCAACACGACCACGCGAAACUGUAUCGAUGUCACUAAAGGAGAUUAUGCACAGCACAGACCGUUCUGGCGAAAGGACCACCGAAAGGACUGUGGAGAGGCCUCGUUCGUCCUCUCGUACAGGCAGUGCAUCAAGGAGAGCGGUUGCGUCAAGCAGCAGGCCAGCCUCAUCAAUGGAACCAAGCGAGCAGCAAUAUAACCGGACAAGCCGGCUGUUCUCUACUAGCAAUAACAGCGGCAGCCGCCCAACCAGCGCCCAGAGAGUUAAUCCAGGUGUGGGCGAGUCGAGGGCCACUUCCCUUUCAAGGGCAGCGGUUGCGAGAGGGUCCCGCGACGAGCCCCUCCACCGCAGCCUCGAGCUCCUAUCCCUUGGCGGAGUUAAGAGAAAAUAAUCACGGGGAAGAGGCGAGGAACCCUGCGAACAAUGAAAGAAGGACGCUGUCUGCGACUCUGUAAAUGACAGGAUCUAUUUGUCAACAGUUCCCCCACAGAGCAUCCCAUAAUAUCCAUGGUGCUCGAUCCGGCCUGUUGUAUCACCAUCACCAUCAUUGCUUGAUAGAUAGCAAUAAUCUGUUGUUGUUCUUGUUGUUGGCGCGUGUGUGUGUGUUAGGGCCAAGUCCUAGCUUUCCGUGGUGAUUAAUUUAGAGGCGGUAAGAUUCAACAUAUUUAUGUUUCUUUACCUUCCCAGCCGGGACUUGGCAGACUUAUUCUUCCGAGACUCUGUGUAUCUCUUGUUGUUCCCUUGCAAACUCUGGGCUUUACUUAUUCAACAGAAGUUGAUGAAAGGAACUUCCAGCAU